AUGUCAAUACUAAGAAGCCCCCUAGAACAAAACUCUGGCUUCACUUUUCCAGACUCUUCUGGCCCAUCUAAUUCCAGCGCUGACGCCAUUAAGAAAGAUACCAACAAUAACAACAACAUUAUCGCCACCAGUGUCAAGGAAACCUUUCAAAUUCAACAACCAUCAUCAUAUUUUGCAUCCCCUGAAUCAAUAAAUCAUGUUUCUCACUCGAAAUUCAAGCAUUCAAGGAUUGGUACCAUAGAUGAAAACUUGAUGGACACGUCGAACCAAUUCGAGAAAUCUUUUGCAAAUUUGUCCCUAAAGAAGGUCAGUUCAAGAGAUACAGUAAACUCAGAAUCAACACUAGUGGAGUCGUUACACAAUAAGAAUGAUUCUUUGAAUUCAAUAAAUUCAAUAGAUACCCUUAAUAGUUUCAGAUUAAAGAGAUUUAAUUCUGCCUCUUCAGUGCCUUCCUUUAAUGCUAUAACCAGCUUUGGAUCACCAGAAAUCACCCAUCAUAGCACAUUUCCUUUGCUAACCUCAUCUCCUAAUGGUUCAUUAUGCUCAUCAGCAUCUUCAUCCUCAGCAUCCUCAUCAAAUAGUACAUUUCAAUUGAAGAAAGUUGCAAAAUUUCCAAUUCCUUCCACAAUAUCCACAAUGACUAAUACUGAAUUGUCAUUAAUUUUAGAAGGUAUGACAAGUGAUGAAGACAAUUCUAUUUUGAUACUAGAUGUUCGUCCAUAUAUUGAUUAUAACACAAAGCAUAUCAAGAAUGCCAUAAAUUUCAAUUUACCCUCAACUUUAUUGAAAAGAUCAAACUUUACACUUACAAGAUGUUUGAGUAAUCUUUCAAUCAUAGAAAAUGUAAAGAUCAACAAGUUUUUGAGUGAUGAAGAGGCAUCAGAUAAGAAAAUUAUUAUUUAUGAUGAUUCAAGUGUUACAAACAACGAAAUAUCUUUAGCAGCUUAUGGGACAUCAAACAAGUUUUUAAAUGAUCAAAAUUUUAAAGGUGAAAUAUACGUACUGAAGAAUGGCUUGAUCAAUUUUAAUGAGGAAUUCCCAGGUCUAACAGAAGCGUCAUCAAAUUCAAACGGGAACGCUAAUAAUCAUUCAACAGGUCAUCAACCAAUAAAGCCACCACAUAAUAGAUCAUUAUCAUUGGCAAAUAUUUCUUCAUCAACACCAAUCUCUCCAAAUUUAUCAAGAUUUCAAUUACCAAAGUUGCCCAAAACUCCAGUUUUCAAAAUUAGACACAAUGAAGAAUUUUAUGAUUUUGAUAAUUAUAAAAUCAUCAAUGAAUUUAAAUUUUUGAAUUCAACCAUAAAUAGACCUGAUGAGAACAUUGAAAAACCUUUACCAAAAUGGCUAAAGACAGUUCUGGAUAAGAAUAACUACUUGUCGUUGUUUGAAAAGUUUAAAAAUCUUGAAAUUGAAGAAAAGAAAAGAAUCAAUAAUUUAGUUGCCACGAAUAAUGUUACUUCAGGUAUUGAAUUAGGUUUUAAAAACCGUUAUAAAGAUAUUUUCCCAUAUGAACAUAGUCGCGUUAAACUAUCAUUAACUCCUACUCAAGAACAUCAAGGAUAUAUCAAUGCAAAUUUCAUCAAUUGUCCCCAGUUAACAAAAUUGAGAUAUAUCGCUACUCAAGCUCCAUUAUCUGAAACAACAAAAGAUUUCACAAAAUUGUGCGAAGAUAAUGAUAUUUCUUUGAUAAUUUCAUUAACAAAUCAAUUUGAAAAUGGUAUUGAAAAAUGUUUCCCAUAUUGGGAUGAUUCAGAAAACUUUGAAAUCUUGGAAAGAACAAACUUAAAUGAUUUUGUAUUGAGAAGAUUAAGAUUGACAAAAUAUAAUAAAGAAGUUUUACAGAUUCAAAUAUUAAAUUGGUCAGAUUUUGAUAUUAUGGUUGAGAAUCAACAAGUUGAUGUUUUAAAAUUAAUCUACUUGAAAAAGACAAUUUUGGAUCAUUUACAAAAACAAGAUCAAAAUGUUAUUGUUCAUUGUUCUGCAGGUUGUGGACGUACUGGAACUUUUUGUACUUUGGAUUCAAUAAUCAAUACUAAAUUUGAUUUUAGUGAUAUGAAUAAUAACAAUAACAAGAGUUUGAUUGAUUUUGACCCAAUUUUUGAGAUUGUGGAAAACUUUAGAGUCCAAAGAAUUUCAAUGGUGCAAAAUUUAAGACAAUAUUUAUUCAUUUAUGAUUGUUUGUUGAAUUAUUAUGAGAAUUUUAAAGAUUUUAGAAAUGAUAUGUUUGGAGAGUUGGAUAAUCUAAACAUUUUGAAGAAUUACUUAAGUGAAGUCAAAUAA